AUGCCUAAUACUGGUUGUGAAUUUGUGACGUGUGUGCACGAUAUCGUUGGCGAAGGACAAAAGUUGUACCAGAAGUUACCGAAAAGCCAACAGAGAUUCGCGAUCGAUUGCACUGCUGCGUCGUGCCCCACUAACAUCCAUUGCGAUUUUCAGUUACUGCCAGUUAUACAACAGCUGUGGUCAUACCUGUUCAAUGCGAUUUACUGCACUUGGUCGGUUGACUGUGAAAAUGUCAGCCGACCGAGUGAAAACGGUCCAGGAUAA